AUGAUACAUUUUACAAAUUAUUAAAGAAUAUUAUCAGCUAAUAAAUAAUUCAUUUCUAGAAAUGUUAUAUUUAUUUUAGUAUUUUAGAAAAGGAAUGAAAAAAGGUAUCUUGCUCCUAAUUUUAUAAGAUCAGCAAUUUUUUUUGGAAUUCUGAAUAAUCAUUUCUAAAAAUUUAAAUAUUAACUUAUUUCUUUUGUAAGUUUAAAGUGUAAACAUUGUAUUUCUAUAAUUUUUUGA